GUUUUAGUUAUUAGAUUUAUGUGAUAAAUAAUUACUCUUGUAAUAUUGUGAAUUCAACAAACGUUUGUGCUUUAUUUAUAAAUUAAGAUUCAACAUCGUGAAAUAACAAAUGGCAAAUGUUGACUACGAUCAGCUGAACGCACGGCUGCGCAAACGCCUGGCUCUGGUGCGUCAGCAUCAAGAUCCGGAGGAAAAAUUCCGGCUGCUGAAGCGCUAUCUGUCCCAUUUUGUGAAACUGGUCCAAAUCGGACGGCACUUUGAGGCGUCCUUUGCCGAACAUUUGCGGUGUGUUGUGAUAUUUCUUAACGAUCGCCGGGACAAACCACUGGAAACGGAUGCGCUAGGGACGAUUGUGAAAACUCUCUGCGUGAUUUGCUGCAUUACGGCUGCGCCGUAUCAAACAGUGGUGAUUGCACUGCAAGGCUUGCUGGAGAUUUUUGAAAGGAUCUCUUGCAAGGAAACGUUGCAAGUCAUUCAAUAUUGUGGGAAUCACUUCAAAAAAUUGCUUUCGCAAUUCAGGCGAUUCGGAUACUUUAAAAUACAACUGCAGUUGGUGGAAUUGGCGCACUCCGCGUCACUCUCGUUCAGCAAACAGAAUGAGCGUAAGGAAUUCGUACUCGAUCUGGGACGACAUAUUGGCGGCCCUUUAGAACAGGUUCUCGAUUGGCAGUCGUUUGCAUUGGAGCAGGAAUGUCGAGCUUUUAUCAAUGGAAUGCAGGACAAGUUCCCUCUGUUUGCGGCGUAUUCGGUUCCUGUCGAAGAUGCUCAAAUCGGAUUGUAUCAAUUCAUGAAACCGGAAGAUUCGAACGGUCUAUGGUUGGAUGUUAACUUUCAACCAGCAACCAUAAGGUUUAGCGCCCGCGUCACCCUUAUUCGCGAGAAAGACUCUUUGGAGAUGACGGUUUAUCUGGAGAUUUGCCACAGGGACGUUUCCAGAAUCGAUCUGAAAAAAGAACGCAAUUCUUGUCUGCUUUCGAUCGAGUACACAAAAAUCACCGUCGAACCGGAGGUGUUAACUGUAGACCAGAAAGGAUGCCUUACCUUCACGAUUCUGCCGUCAUUCGACUGCACUUAUCUCACGGACGACGUUCUACCGGAAGUUCGGACGAAUGCCGACCGUUUAGAAGAUUCGGAGCAACCCUGCACAACCAAUCUCGAUGGAUUAUUGAAUGUGUCCCUAUUGGAUUCGAUUGUUUCGGGACCUGCCAACAGCCUGAACGCUCAUAACAUGGAGGAUCAAUCUCCUCGAUUACGUGAUAAUCGAGAUGCAAUCGAAAAGCACCGCAAUAUCCGAUGUCAGAUGUUGGACAACACCAGCUCGAUUGGAAGCAACAAGGAAAAUGUAAAACCCCCGUCAAUUUCAGAUGUUAGGGUUGAGGUGCAGGAUGUUCAGCGUUUGCGAGUGUUUGAAACGCUCCAGCAAGACUGUCAACGUCAGCAGACAAGGCUGAGUCGUAGCUCGAGACGAAAUUCUCCGGACAAAUGCAAUCAGAAGAACGAGCCGGUUAAUCCUCGUUUGAAUGACGGCAAGAAACGAAAACUGUUCGCUAAGCAAGCGGAACCAGAUAACAUGAACGUUAGCAAUGAUUCGCAGAUUCAACGCAGCAAAUAUGUCGACAGGAAGUUGGUGAAUACCGUGAAACCCAUCCAGACGUUGGACGUGAAACCUUUGAAAUUGAUCCAAAAUAUUGGCGAAGAAAGAAUUGAUCUUUUAAGUGAACCAUCCACAUCGGAAAUGAUGUCCAACGACGAGUUUGAUCGAUCCCUUCAGGCGUUCAUCGACCAUAACGGCAUAUUUGGAAUCGCACAGCAGAAAAUUUUGGACACAAAACUGGAAAAGAACAUCCGAAAAAUCAAUCAGAUGGUGGAACGUACCACAAAGAAAUUCUUCAAGCGUGAACCAGCUCCGGAGAAUCCUUACGAUUUCGUCAAUACGGAUGACAAUGAUCAAACCGCCCGAAAAGGUGGAAAAUCCGCCGCUGGCAAAGGAAAACGAAAGUCACCGAAAACAAACGAUGGACAUGUUUCGUCGGUGAAGAAAGCCAAAAACGUUGCAAACCAGUCUCUUCGCACUAAGAACGCUAAGCCCACCUCUUCAAAAAAAGGUAAAAAGCAAACAUCUCCAAAGGCAGCAGACCCUCUAGUGCCAUCUCGAGCUUCAUUACCUCGCGCCAAGAAGCCUGAUCGUAUCAUCGACUUGGCAUCAGAUUCGGAAGAGGAAGCUGUUGUGAUUGGGAAUACCUUCCAGAACCUGGACAUCUCUUCGAUUGUUCGAGAUCCAGCCAAGCCGAAGAACCCCGUUGCCCAGCAGCUAUUUGCCAAAUCAACACCGGUCGGGGGAGCAAAAAGCAAGAAGCGUUCGAUUGAUCACAUAGUAGAUGCACAGCAGAAACAGGAAAAGGUGGCCAAGAAACAGCGUGUUCCUCUGUUGGAAAUCAAUGCUAACAAUAGCACUAUUGUAACGCGUCGGAAUUACAAGAAGAGUUCAACUCCGAGUGCUCUACAGCAGACGGCGGCCGCUUUGAUCGAGCAGGAAAAGUACAAAGCACAAUCUCUGCAAACUUCAUCGUCUAUUUCGGACCACAGUGUGCGUACUGAAAUUUCCAUGGAGUUUCCGGGCGCCCAUAACCAGUUACCUAUGGAACCGCCUACAUUGACGGAAGCCAUGAUUCGCCAGUACCAAAGCUUCGAUAGCGAUGAACCGAUUUCACAGUCCCUCGAAGUCAAUCCAAGUCCUCUGCCCGUCCCGGCGGUUGAAAGUCAAUCAAAAACUAACGCUGACGUGUUCGCUUCGAAGUUCAAUAUGAACUACGCUGCUAAUCGGUACACGCUGAAAAAGUUCAUUUCGAACAACGAUCCAACCUAUAACAGCGACGAAGAGGUUUCUCCUGCCCAUUUGGCAACCAAGCUGCCAAACGAUGGCAAUGAGUCUGUCCUCAGUGAAAAUAUUCGCGUUGGCCAUGAUACUGCCAAUCCUCCAUCAUUGAGAGAUGAUUCGAUUGAUUUGCAGUUGUCAGAGGGUAGCGUUGUGUUGAAUGAGAUGCAACCACCGUAUUAUCCAGCCACGCCGAAAGCUCAGCCGGUUCGUUUUGAUUGCAAUAACCAAAAAGAACGCAAGGAUUCGGAAAAGCGUGCCAACGACAUGAAUUCAACGAAACAUGUUUCGACCAGUGGUGCAGGGAACCAGAAUAAAACUAAUAGAUCGAUCGUACAGGCGGCUCUAUUCAACAAUCCUCCUGCAAUGGACGCUAUGAUGAUUGACGAAUUCAGCGCCAAAUUACAUCAGGAGCUGAACCCAUCGUUGUCCGACUUCGAGCAAAAGGUGGACAAACUGGCAGGAAUGAAGGCGGCAUUCGAACCUGAUCUUUCCGGGCUCCACAUAAAAGAGAUCAAUCAAAAAUGCGUCGAAAUCAUGUCGCUGGAAGAUAGAUUGGAUGAACUUCUUACCGAACUGGCCGAACUGUGCAACGAUGCAGUAGAGAAGUCGGAUCGGGUAACGAUCAGUGCCGAUAAGCUGGCAAGAUAUACAGAAUCCAAGGCAAACUACUACAAAGAACGCGUACAAAGGGCUCGUCAGGAGAUUCCAGGAAUCGUGGAUGAGUGUGUCAAGAGCGUUUGGAAUCAGCAGGUGCGAAUUCGGCUCAGUCAGGUGGAGCUCCUGAUGACGAAGAUGCUAAUGUGAGCGGUCGAAGGUGGUUGAUAUUUGAACUAUUACCUAAUCUUUUUGAUGAUAAAUAAUAGCGUAUAUCAGGCGUCAUUUUAGAAGUAUUAUGAAUUAGAUCGGUAUUUUUAUGAUAUGUUAGGUUUAUCUGGUCAGGUUAUGAAUUGUGAGUAAAUUUGAUCUUGAACUGUGAAGAUGAAUGCAGUGCUUUAAUUUUCUAAAUUGCAUUUCUCAGCAUUUAGUAACUGUUUGCGCCUAAACGUAUGCAACCAUUAUACACCUAUUAAUCACAGACGAGAUGUGAGUCGAUAUGACAAAUAAAAAUACGCA